UGCGCCGUAGAUGGAGUACGUGAUAGAUAGAGAGAGGUCUUGGCUACCACACCUACCCCCACCCCUCCUAUCUCUCUCUCUCUCUGUCCUCCCUCUAAAAAUCCAGAGGCUUCGGCCCCCCUUGUCGAGCCUUUUCGCCCAAUUCCCCAAUCGGACCAAACCCUAGGAGAUCGAUCGGAAAUUUGGCAUGGCAAUGUCCGAUCUCACAGCCACCAUGAUCCCAAAGCCAGACGAGGCCGACGACGACGAGUCGGUGGAGAUCCGGGAGGUGUGGGCGGACAACCUGGAGGAGGAGUUCGCGCUGAUCCGCGACAUCGUCGACGAGUUCCCGUUCGUCGCGAUGGACACGGAGUUCCCGGGCAUCGUCUGCCGGCCCGUCGGCGCCUUCCGCUCCCCCGCCGACUACAACUACGCCACCCUCAAGGCCAACGUUGACAUGCUGCACCUCAUCCAGCUCGGCCUCACCUUCUCCGGGCCGCGCGGCGAGCUGCCGGCCCUCGGUGCUGGCCGCCGCCGCUGCGUCUGGCAGUUCAACUUCCGCGAGUUCGACGACGCGCGCGACAUCUUCGCCUCCGACUCCAUCGAGCUGCUCCGUCGCAGCGGCAUCGACUUCCGCCGCAACGCCGAGCGCGGCGUCGAUGCGCGACGGUUCGCAGAGCUCCUCAUGUCCUCCGGCGUCGUGCUCAACGAUUCCGUAUACUGGGUCACCUUCCACGCAGGAUACGACUUCGGCUACCUACUGAAGAUUCUCACCUGCAGUAGCCUCCCAGACACACAAGCCGGGUUCUUUAAACUUAUGAAGAUAUAUUUCCCGACUGUGUAUGACAUUAAGCAUCUCAUGAAGUUCUGCAACAGCCUGCACGGUGGGCUGAACAAGCUCGCCGAGCUACUUGAUGUGGAGCGCGUUGGGGAGUCUCAUCAGGCUGGGUCCGAUAGCCUGGUCACAUCCUGUGCAUUCUGGAAGCUCAAGGAUUCGUUCUUCGCGGGCUCAACAGAAAAAUAUGCAGGUGUGCUGUACGGGCUCAAUGCAGAGAAUGGUGUUAGUGCACAUUAAGACCCUCUUUGAAUUUUUAGCUUUGUGAAUGGAUUGAUUUAGGACAGAAAGGGUGACAACUGUGCAAGAGGGCUCAGUGAAAGAUCAAGUCUGUAGGUUAAGUCUGUCUCACUCAUUUGGGUGUAUUUGGGAUGUAGUGUUCUUCGGUUGCUCAUUACUGAAAUAGUUAUUCUCUUUUCUCUUUCAGCUUUGCUUU